CCCCGCUUCCGGUGCGUGCUCCGAACGUUGCGGCCGCAGUGUUCGUUCGCGGAUUGUCUUUAGAAUGUUCGGAAAGAAAACGAAGCGGAAUUUCCGUCGCAGGAGGAGUGAGUCCAGUGAAGAGGACGAUCAGCAGCAGCCUCAGCCUCUGGCAGCUGCCACAGCCAAACGGGAGUUGAAGUGCAGGUCAGCCCGGGCCCAGUCCGCCAGCCCCAACUCAGCCUCUGAGUGCGGGAACAAGGAAGCUGUAGACACUGGAGUCGAAUGGAAAAAGCAAACUCAGAACGAGCCUGUCAAAGGUGCCAGUUACAUAAGAGAGUGCGACCGGAGUCUGCUGAGUUUUGGGUGUGACAGAGAAGCUAACCACGUAAUCUAUAGUACAUCUUUUCUAAAUAUAGAGGGUGAAGAAGAAUUUAAAGUGAAGAAGACUGGAAACACCAUUUUGUUUUCAUCACAUUGGAAAAAUGAAAAGCAGAAUAAUGUUGAAAAAGAUGAGGAUCUUGCAAAAGAUGAGCAAAUUCUUGAUUCUACACCGACAAAAUUUCAAGAAGGAAGCAGUUCAGAGAAGGAGACAGUGCAAAUAUAUACAGAAAAUGAAGAAGAGAUGAGUUCAACAGUUGAUGAAUCUCAGAUUUCCAGGGUAUCCCAACACAAAAAACGAUCAGGUGAUAUUCCAAACUCCAGGUACAUCCAUGCUGCCCGUAAAAAGCGACAGAUGGCUAGAGCCCAAGCUGACUUCAUUCCUCUCCAGUCGUCUGGAAGGGGCGAUAUUUCAGUGCUGAAAUUGAGUGAAGAAGAUCUAAUCAGUGAUGAUGAGCUUGACGAUCAUGAGAGAAGGAUUGACUUCACCAAGCAACUGAAAACACAAAGGCAGAGAAUGGCGGCAGUAAUUGGUGUAAAUGAAAGUGAUGAUGAGAGUUUAAAAAGUGAAGAAGAGGAUGAUGAUCAGAAACUGUGGGAGCAGCAGCAAAUCCAAAGAGUAAAAGUAUUUCCAUCACCAGAUAUUGAGACAGCCAGUAAGCCGAGUACACUCAUUAAGAACACAAUGUUGGAAACUUGGAGAAAGCUACCACCAAUCAACUUGGAAACUGUCAAAAUGCGAUUGACCAUUAAACUGGAGUCUCUGCAGGAGCUUUACCGCUCACACCAGCGAGAGCAUGAGAAGAUCCAGCUGUUAGCUGAGAGUUCACAAUGCACAAUUGAACACUUGGAAGAUACUUCUGACCCUGGUUACCGUAACAAAUUUUAUCAAGAAAUGCGAACCUAUGUUCAAAAUCUGACUGACUGCUUCAAUGAAAAGGUAUGUAUAAUUAAUGAACUGGAAUCUGAAAUGCAUCAGCUACUGGGGCAGCAGGCAAGAAAUCUUUUCCAACGCAGACAGGAUGAUGUUCAAGAUGAAUCAACUGAUGUUUGGCAGCUUUCAAAUAAAGCUGAUGCCAGCUGCGGGAGUGACAUAGAUUGUGUCAAAGCAAAACAGCAACGUAUUGAAAAACGAGAGGCAAGAAGGGCUCAUAGGGAGCAGUUAAGAAAAGUGGCUGGAAAGGAAGCAGACCAUCACAAAGGUCUGUCCAGUGAUGACGAAGUAGUUCCAGCUGAUAUGUCUGAUUUCCAUGAGAAAAAGGAUCGCAUUUUGAAGGAAGCCAAGAAGAUUUUUGAAGAUGUACAUAAGGACUUCUAUAGGGUUGACAGAAUUUUAGCAAAGUUUGGGUUGUGGCGACAAAAAUUUCCUGAUUCAUAUUAUGAUGCUUAUAUUGGACUUUGUCUUCAAAAAAUUCUGAAUCCUUUAAUCCGUGUGCAGCUGAUCGGCUGGAACCCUCUUAAACCUGAUUGCCUGGAGUUUGCAGAAAUGCCCUGGAUUAUAGCAUUAGAAGAGUUCUGUCACAUGGAAGAUGAAGAAUUCAAGAAAAAGGAAAACUCUGAUAAGAGAUUACUUCCUACAGUAAUUGAGAAAACAAUCAUUCCCAAAAUUGAAGGCUUUGUAAUUCAUGUGUGGGACCCAUUGUCAUCCUCACAAACAGAGAGUUUAGUACAAAUCUGCAGAAAGCUAAAAGAGGAAUAUGGUGUUUUCAAGAAUGAACAAAGUAAAGCUGCCCAGGAUCUGAGAAGAACUAUUAUAAUGAGAAUGACUAUGUCUGUGGAAGAGGAUGCUUUCAUUCCUCUGUAUCCAAAGAACGUUCUGGAAGAUCAAACAUCAAUCAGUUAUCAGUUUCGGGAAAGAUGUUUCUGGUCAGCUGUGAAGCUAUUGGGUAAUAUUCUCCAGUGGGAUGGCUUAUUACCAGAACAGAUUCUACAGGACUUGGGUCUAAACAAACUCCUCAACCGCUACAUUUUACUAAGCCUUCAAACUUCUUUGCCUGUUCUAAGGAAUUUGGGGAAGUGCAAAAAGAUAAUAGCUUGUUUUCCCAAGUAUUGGUUUGAAAAUCUUGAAAGUCAGAGUAGCAUUCCCCAACUGGAAAACCUAUGUAAAUAUUUGUUGCAAUCUAUUCGUACCGUAUAUGAAAAUAAUUCUACUCCAGAUGCAGAAAACAAUGGCAGAGAAGCAAUAAAAGAAAUGGUUCGGAUGUUAGUCUCGAUUCAUGCCUUGGAUCAUACUGAGAUCAUCGUCAAGGAGUGUAAAUUAGAAGAUUUAAAAUGGAUUUUCAAGGGAAACUGAUCUGUAUGUGAACUCUGGCCAUGCAUUAUUUAAAGAUAAUACCUGAACAAUGAAAUCUUUCACCAUAGUGAUGCAUUCACUAAUGGUAUGAUCCUCAACUAUGCUUGUCUGGUUUUAAUUUAUUAAAAAAAGUUAAUUAUUGAAAACUAUUUUAAUUCUACAUAAUCACAAGUCUUUUGCAUAAUUUGAAGAAUGUAUGAAUGCCUAUAAAUAAUUUAAGGUAUGAGAAAAAACAGAUUUACAGAAUUUAGACCUGAAAAUUGACUAUCACCAAUGUACUCAAUCUUUUUUUUAUAGUGCACAGACCCUUUGCAUAAGAAAUAGUGGCUGACUUGUGGUCGUGCUGUGCAGGAACUUUCAGGUUGUGGUUGUGCAUCUUAAAGGGACUUUGUCACACUAGUUAAUUUCCAUUCUCUUUUACAUCAUAUGGUCGCAAAACUUGCAUCGUAUGGUCAGACUACAUUUAAAUGGCAGCAGUGAUCGGGGUGAUAAAGCAAAGAUGUUCUCCAAAAAAUUGUUCAUUUGUAAAGCAUAUCUUUAUAGUUUGUAAGUUCUAACUUAUGUAUUGUCUUUACACAUUUAAACUUUAAAUAGAGAAGACAGGAAACCACUUUUCGCAUGGUAUUUUUCUGCUUCAAGAAAAUGAAAAAGUCAGUGUUUCUCCCUUGAGAGAUUAUUGAUUUUUCUCAGUGUUGGAUCAUGAUCUUCCCAAGUCUGGAUUCUGAUCCUUGAUAAAAACUGAGAAACAUGCCAAGCUUUUGGUGUAUUGGGUCCUUGAGUCUGUGGAUUAUCUAUCAGUGUAAAUUCUUCAUACAAAGAAAAUUUGUAAGAACCAUUACUUGUGCAAUGGAAUGUUGGAAAAUUCAUUUAUUGAAGUUUCGUAUGAUUUUUAAUUUUGUAAAAAGUGAAUGAAGUUCAUUAUCCUAGCCAAGAAUUACAUUCUUCCUAACUGAAAA